GAAAGUAUUUUAAUACACUCUGCCGCCGGCGAUGUGGGUCAGGCGGCUAUCAAUGUCUGUAAACAUUAUGAAUGCGAUAUCUAUGCGACGGUCGGGACGGAAGAGAAGAAAAAAUUUUUGAUGAAUGAAUACAAUAUACCGGAGAAUAAGAUAUUUAACUCAAGAGAUAUACUCUUCAAAAUUCAGAUAAUGGAUGCAACGGACGGUGAUAAACUAAGGGCCGGUUUUGAUUGUCUGGCGAUUAGCGGCCGUUUCGUAGAGAUUGGAAAGUAUGAUAUGAUUCAAAACAAACAGUUAGGAAUGUAUGGCUUUUUUGGUGACAUUGAAUUUAUCGGUGUUGCUGUUGAUGUUGUAAUGGUGAAUGACCAUGAUUAUUUACAAGAGUUUUAUGGAUGGUUGCAUAAGAAUUCAAUGAACGGUUGUGUAAAACCAUUGGAUUACAAGUGUUUUGUUGCCAAAGACGUGGAGAAAGCUCUUCAAUAUAUGACAACCGGUAAACACAUCGGAAAGAUUGUCAUCAAAAUGAGAAACGAAGAGAUGGAGAGAAAAUCGGUUAUGAAAAUAAAAUCGGUUCCCAAUCGUUUGGUAACCGUUAAAACAUAUUUCAAUCCAAACAAAGUCUAUAUAAUAACCGGAGGUUUGGGUGGUUUUGGUCUGGAAUUGAUUCCAUGGAUGCAAUACUUCGGCGCCCGAAAGUUUGUGGUCACCUCGAGAUCAGGUCUUCAGACCAAAUAUCAAAAGUAUGCUUACAAUCGUCUCAACAAUAUGUCAAAAGAAUAUAAAUUUUUUGAGAUACAAUGGAUUGUUUCGAUUGCCAAUGGAUUGACAAUUGAAGGCACAAAACAACUGUUACACGAGGCCAGAGAGUUGGGACCGAUUGGAGGUUUUUGUUCAUCUAUUGAUACAAAACACAAGAUAUUUGCAAAUCUGGAUCAAUUGAGCCGACAAUUGGACUAUUCAUUGGAUUAUUUCGUACUUGUGGUAAAGGAAACGCCGGGCAAUCGAACUAUGCGUUCGGGAACUCCAUGUGUGAGCGAAUAUGUGAAGAGAGACGUAGGGAUGGUCUGCACGGACUCGCCAUACAAUUCGGACCCAUCGGUGAUGUGGGAGUAUUUGAAAGCACUUAAAGUGGAGGCAAAUGAAGAAUUGAGCAAAAAUCGUGGCAAAAGUAUUGUGAAUUUAUUGUGGCGAUCCUUAGGCGUCGACUCUAACAAUACUCCCAAUGAUUUAACUCUUGGCGAGAUUGGGAUCGAAUCCUUAAUGUUGAAGGACUACGAUGCUGGAAAUAUGGUGGACAUUAAAAAGCAUAUUGAUCAUAUUAAGAAAGCCACGGAUUGUUUUGUAAAGAAUAAAUUUUUGAUUCCCAGCGAAACAUACGUUCGGCUAAACCAUGUUUGCUAUGGUGUGCCCGUGUAUUUCAUGCCACCCCUAUUAGUUAGUUUUGGUGAUAUGGAGGAAUUGGCCAAUAAAAUAAAUCGACCAGUGAUUGGCAUCAAUUGGACCCGAGAGUUGAAUGAAAUGACCACUUUUAAAGACAUUAACCAAUAUUAUGUAAACAUAAUGAAAACGCUUGAGCCAAGCGGCCGAUACGAUAUUGUAGGAUAUUUUGAUAACAGCAUUGCAUGCGUUAAACUAGUUUUGAACGGAGUGGUAGGGAAAGCCAUUAUAGUGGAUGUCAUUGACAGCAAACACAGCGAGUUUUUAAGCGAUACUACAAUCAUGAAUUUUAUACUAGAUUAUAUAGCUAAAGAUUUGCCAGAAUCGUAUCAUGGCAAAUUAAUUCGUGAAUUGAAAAAGGAGUCGGAUGUAAAGGCAAAAGUUAGAUAUAUAGUCAAUGAAAUGAUAGAAUUUGCCGGUAAAGGACUGGUGGCUACAGAUAUGGAUGAGAUUUUGCACAAGAUGUUUGACAGAAUUCGUAUGUUUUCGACAUAUCUUUCAUCUAAAAAGAAAGUAUAUGACAAUCGAUUGAAACUAAGGGUUGGAAAGAAAUGGUCGGAAAUAUCGGGAAAAGUGGUUAUUAUUAAACCUUUCGUGUUUGAAUCCGUUAAGGAUGCGGAAGAAUUCGCGGAGAUGUCACGUGAAAAAUAUUUCCUUCCAAAUAGAAAUUUCGUUAUU